AUGCAGACUGCUUCUACAAACAGUUGUGAAAGAAUGGGUCGCUCUCAGGAGCUCAGUGAAUUCAAUCGUGGUACCGUGAUAGGUUGCCACCUGUGCAAUAAGUCCAUCCCUGAAAUGUCCUUGCUACUAAGUAUUCCAUGGUCAACUGUUAGUGGUAUUAUAACAAAGUGUAAACAACUGGGAACAACAGCAACUCAGUCACGAAGUGAGCAAGGUCAGUGCAUGCUGAAGCGCACAGUGCACAGAAGUCACCAACUGUCUGCAGAGUCAAUAGCUGAAGACCUCCAAACUUUGUGUGGCCUUCAGAUUAGCACAAUAACAGUGCAUAGAGAGCUUCAUGGAAUGGGUUUCCAUGGC